AUGGCCAAGAUUAAGGCUCAGGACCUGUGCAGCAAGAAGAAGGAGGAGCUGCUAAAACAACUAGAGGAUCUGAAGAUGGAGCUGUCCCAGCUUUGUGUUGCCAAGGUGACGGGCGGUGCCACAUCCAAACUCUCCAAGAUACAAGUCGUCUACAAAUCCAUUGCCCAUGUCCUCACCGUAAUUAACCAGACUCAAAAAGAAAACCUCAGGAAAUUCUACAAGGGUAAGAAGUACAAGCCUCUGGACCUUCGACUCAAGAAGACUAGAGCCAUGCACUGCCACCUUACCAAGCACGGGGAGAAGACCAAGAAGCAGCAGAGGAAAGAGAGGCUGUACCCGCUUCACAAAUAUGCGGUCAAGGCCUGGUGAGAAGGCUUAUAAUAAAGCACAAGGCUGGCCGAAAAA